CAAUACUCAGAUAAAUACAGGGGGAAGUCUGUGCCACUGCUUGUCUGCACCAACGCACAAUUAUACCACUCUUUGAUUAUCUGUGUAUUAGAUUGACGUCUGUUUGACAGCAACCACAGCAGUCAUCAGAUAAAUCCAGUGCGCUUCUGCGAGGCGGGGCACUGCAGUUUGCGCGCGGCAUUCCAGCGCAGGCUUUUGCGAGCAGCGGCGCCACGUAACAGGAUUAUAACUCGCGUUCCGCAGCAGCCCAAACCGCUGCCAGCAUGUAUCCAGCCCAUGGGGGCGGGCAGUUCUUGGGGCCCGUCGCCACCGCCUGGGGCCCCACCUCGCCGUUAGGUCCAGCGCUGCUCCUCGCGAUCUGGGCUUUCACCGUUCACGCCCAGGACCAGCAGCAACAGCAGGCUGCAUCAGCAUCUCUGACAUGUAGACCACAGGAGGGCCUGCCUCUGACGCAGCCCUACCCACCGGCGUACUUCCAGCCCACGCCGCUCCCAGUCUGCUCGCAGUACACCUGCAGCUGCUGCAACCGGCAGCACGCGCUGGGCAUCUACCGCUCGUUGCGACCUGCCAUGGAGGACGCGGGGUUCAGUCGUGCCUGCCUGGCCUGGCAGACACGCAUGGCGUGCCGCGUGUGCGACCCGGAGGUAGGCGUGGGGCUCAAGCCCACGGUGUGUCGAGACACGUGCGACGCCUGGCUGUCCGCCUGUCGCGAGGAGUUUUACAGCUUCGAAACCGCCACCUCCUCAGCCUUCGUCGGGCGAAUGCAGCCGUGCACCAACCCGGCGGCCCUGGGCGCGGGCAGCGCGGGGUCGAGUGACGCGGCCGCCGCGGCGUCGCCGCUGCUGUGCUCGCGGCUUGGAGACGUGGCGCGGACGGGCGAGGAGCUCUGUCGGGAAGCAGGCUUUGAUGUUGCGGCGCCGGGCGACGGCGGCCUUUGCUUUGACGGCGGGCUGGCUAACGCCGGGGCGGCCGUGUUCUCCACCGACAUGUGUGUGGCACAGCCGACCAGGCGGCGCGCGCAGCAGCACGCCAGCAGCGGGCGUGGCGGGGGGAGCCGCCCGGAUGACUCGCUGAGCCCGGCGGUGUACCUGGUGGUUGCGUCGGUGCUGGGCGCGCUGGCGUGGCUGGCGUACACCACACGACAGGGCUUCCAGGCUCAGGAGGAUGAGCGGUUGCGGCAACUGCACUGGCGCCAGCUUCAGGGGCGCACCGACUGAGGCGGGUGCCGUGGGUAGCAUGCAGCUGCGCGGAGUGCCGUGAGGUGUAGAAGAGCGCGAGGCAAGGUGAAGACCUGACUGUAAGACCAUUGCAUUGGUGCACACGGCGGACGUGAGCGCCAGGCGAGAUAGUGUGUUGAGGGCAGCGGGCUGGUGUCGUGUAGAAGACGAGAGGCGGGUGAGUUGAA